UCUACCCAGGUUUCAGUUUUUACUUGGGUUUGUUUCCCCUUUGUCUCUGGUUCAGCUUCCUUUUCCUGUUUGGUUUUAAGUAGAGUCUAAAAAUCCAGUUGCUGUCUUCAGAGGGUCUGUGGUCCUCUGAGCAGUACAGCCUGGUGGGAGUAAAGGACUUGGCUCCUCAGGGCACCUGUGCUAAAGCCUUUCCACCAUGGCCACGGGGUGAGUACUGGGACCAGGAAAGGGACAGACGUAUGUCAAGAGGAAGCCUAGAAUCUUAAUGAUCUAGAGCGGAAGAGGCUGCAGAGCUCACCCAAACCCCCUUGUUAUACUAAUGGGGAAAUCACGGGCCAAGACAAGGGACUUACCCAAGGUCACACAGCAAGUUAACAACCGGCUUGCUCUUCAUUCACUGGUCUUCCCAUUACACAGGACUGUGUCUUGAUGCCUGUGAUCUUUAAUGGCUUCUGUGUCAAAAGUACUUACUCAGAAGCUAAGUGCCUGUCUCAGAUUGUAGGGAGGCAGGUCUGAACAUCUAAGGGGACUGUUUUCUGGCCUUGAGUGUGCUUAAUGGGUCCUGGCUCUUCCUCCAGAAUGGCCUGAAGCAGACUGUUUUCUCUGAAUACUGGGGAAAGAGGGAAGAAGUGGGAUUCCAUUGCUAAAUAGAAACUUCAUGGAUUAUUAAUAGCAAGAACCCUGAUUUUCUGCUUGAGAGACUUGUGACCUCAGGCCAUUGGUCACAUAGCCAGUUGCUGCUUAGCGUGUCUGUAAACACCUGCAGGUCUAGAAUCUGUACUUCUAAUUUAAGUGUUCCUUCUAAAGUGAACAGAGUAUCUGCCAAGCUCGGGCUUCCGUGAUGGUCUACGAUGACACCAGUAAGAAAUGGAUACCAAUCAAACCUGGCCAGCAGGGAUUCAGCCGGAUCAACAUCUACCACAACACUGCCAGCAACACCUUCAGAGUCGUGGGAGUCAAGCUACAGGAUCAGCAGGUUGUGAUCAAUUAUUCAAUCGUGAAAGGGCUGAAGUACAAUCAGGCAACGCCAACCUUCCACCAGUGGCGAGAUGCCCGUCAGGUCUAUGGCUUGAACUUUGCCAGUAAGGAAGAGGCCACCACCUUCUCCAAUGCGAUGCUGUUUGCCCUCAACAUCAUGAACUCCCAAGAAGGAGGCCCCUCCGCCCAGCGACAGGCGCAGAAUGGCCCCUCUCCCGACGAGAUGGACAUGCAGAGAAGACAAGUGAUGGAGCAGCAGCAGCAGCAACGCCAGGAGUCUCUAGAGCGGAGAACCUCAGCCACAGGGCCCAUUCUCCCACCGGGGCACCCCUCAUCUGCAGCCAGUGUGCCCCUCUCGUGCAGCGGGCCUCCACCUCCACCCCCACCUCCUGUCCCACCCCCACCCCCGCUGCCAGCAGGAGGGGCACAGGGGGCCAGCCACGAAGAGAGCUCCGUGUCUGGACUGGCCGCCGCCCUGGCUGGGGCCAAGCUGCGGAGAGUCCAGCGGCCAGAAGAUGCGUCUGGAGGCUCUAGUCCCAGCGGGACCUCAAAGACAGACCCCAACCGGGCGAGCAGUGGGGGUGGAGGAGGAGGCCUCAUGGAAGAAAUGAACAAGCUGCUGGCCAAGAGGAGGAAAGCAGCCUCCCAGACAGACAAGCCGGCCGAUAAGAGGGAAGAUGAAAGCCAAACAGAGGAUCCUAGCACCUCUCCAUCGCCAGGGACCCGAGCAGCCAGCCAGCCUCCUAACUCCUCAGAGGCUGGCCGGAAGCCCUGGGAGCGGAGCAACUCAGUGGAGAAGCCAGUGUCUUCGUUACUGUCCAGAACCCCGUCUGUGGCAAAGAGCCCCGAAGCUAAGAGCCCCCUUCAGUCACAGCCUCACUCUAGGAUGAAGCCGGCCGGGAGCGUGAAUGACGUGGCCCUGGAUGCCUUAGAUUUUGACCGGAUGAAGCAGGAGAUCCUGGAGGAGGUGGUCAGGGAGCUGCACAGGGUAAAGGAGGAGAUCAUCGAGGCCAUCAGGCAAGAGCUGAGUGGGAUCAGCACCACAUAACACGGGGUUGUGCCGCUGCCGCCGGCUGAGGACCGAGUCCAGCUGACGACAGGACAGUGAGGAGCCCGACGCUGAGCACACAGCGAGCGGACGUGCUUCGUUUAGAGUCUUGAUCUGUGAUAAAUAUUCAAAAUGAGGAAAAAGUUCAAUUCCUGGAUUUUUUAGAUUCUACUUGACACAAAACCCCAGGCCUCCUUGUCUUUUUGUAUUUUAUAUUUGCUUAUUUAAGUGUACGUUUCGUUCGUUCAUAGAGAGGGAGCCCCAGGUGACCCGCUUCAUCAGAUGGUUUCCAAGUUUUCUCCUAGUGGAUGCUCUGUCCACGCCGUGUGCGUCAACCCGACACGCGCAGAGCUGUCCAAUACCGUCCUUCCCCAGCGGCCCUGUCGAAGGGUCGUCCCUGCGCGGUGUCUGUGUUCACAUGGUAAUAAACUGUCCACUGUCCA